AUGGCUUCUGGGGAUUCUUUGGGGAAGCGAAAAUUAGGCGAUCCCGUGCCCCUAGAGCCGUCAAAAAAUCCGAAAAUUUUAGAUGUUCCUCCGGGAAUAAUAUCGCCCGAGCCUUCGUCCAGGAACUCUUCGCGGAGCUCCUCGAGAUCCAGCUCCCCUUCUAAACUGAAAAAAUAUUUCUGUCACUAUGAGGACUGCGGCAAGGCGUACGCCAAGCCAUCGCUACUAGAACAACACAUACGCACGCACACCAAUGAAAGACCAUUUAACUGCUCUUCUUGUGGACAGUCGUUUAUCAGAAAAGACCAUUUGCAACGACAUAUGCUCAAACACACUGACGAGGACGCCAAACCGCUGCACUGCUCGAUUUGCGGCAAGGGCGUGAACACCAACCAGCAUCUGCGGCGACACGAAAAGACGCAUUAUAAAUCGUUCAAGUGCAGUCAUGAAAAUUGCGCCGAGUCAUUCUACAAACACCAGUCUCUCAAGGCACACAUCAAUUCUGUGCACAAUGCUUCGCGACUGACGUGCGAAGAAUGCGGCAAGAGCUUCAGCCGUCCGGGCCGACUCUCCGAUCAUAUGGAAAAACACCACAGUUCCACGCCAAAGCUCAUUUGCGAGUAUCCUGGCUGUUUCAAAGCGUUCAAGGUGUGGUCUGCCUUGCAACUGCACAUAAAAUCCGAGCAUUCUAAGCUCUCAUGCGAUAUCUGCGGGAAGCGCUGCGUGGGACCAACAGGAUUGGCCAAUCACAUGAAGAUUCACGACGAAACGACGGCCGUCAAGAUAUGGAAAUGCUCGCUCUGUGACGAAAGAUACCAAAAAAAGGAGGAUCUAACACAGCAUUACGAAAAAAGCCAUCCGGACCACCAGAGCAACGAGGAGCUGCAGUACGCCUCUUCGGCCGACUCGCCGAUCGACGAGGUGCUUGUCUCGAAGCCAACGAAGCAGACGUUCCAGAAACAGCUCAAGAAGGGCAGAAUCGGAUCUGUAAUCAACCUGUUGGUUUCCAACGUGAACGAACGCACCAUUUUGUGCGAUCUGUGCGGUAGAGGGUUCAAGAAGGACUACGAUCUGCGCAGACACCUGGAAUGGCAUGAAAAAAAGGCCAAUUUACAGUAA